AUGCACAUGCCACAGGCAUCAAGCGUGCAUACAACCGGGCAGUCAGACGAGCACAAGCGAGCCCCUUGCAGGGAACCUUCUAUCGUGGCCGAUGGUCGAGCACCCGUCCUCUCGCCGCAGCCUCGGAUGGACCGUCGUCCCCAGCUGCAUGCUGCCGCCCCUGCCUCUGCCGCCAGGCUUCUGCAUGUCUCUUACAAUGCGGGUGGGCUGACGGGUGAAUCCUACCAGGAGUUGAUGCAGUGGCUAGCCCAGCUGCCUCCAGAGCAGUGCCCAAUGAUAGUGCACAUCCAGGAAACGCAUUGGUCGCACGAUCAGGAAUACAGCACACCAGGCUGGCACAUCAUAUCGUCGGCCUGCUCCUCCCCUAAGGCAGGGGGUCUCCUCACCCUAGUCAGCGCUCAACUCUGUUCGGCAAAUCAGAUCUCAUCCUCCUCUCGCGUCGCAGGCAGGCUGCUCCACGUACGCAUCGAUCUGGGAGACCGCACGGUGGAUGCAAUUAACACCUACCAGAAGGUUUAUCAUUCUGGCAGCACGAGAAUCGAGAAAGGUCAGACUCAAACCGCGGCCGAUCAGCGCAUGGGCGUCUGGACAUCUCUUCGUGGCCACCGCCGAUAUGCCUGCCCGCGGCGGCAGCCCCUGCAACUGGCCUCUGGCGACUUGGAGACAAGGGGGACGCCAUCGACCGGUGCAGGCUCCUUGAUCUCCAAGGCCUACGCAACGCCUGUCGCGACCCGAGUCAUCCAGGAAUUCGGCACCUUCGUGCCUCUGUCGAGGUAUGUGGCAAGCCUAUCACUGCUGGCGGCAUGGACCGACGACAGGACUCGCGAAGCUAAAAGGGCCUGGUUUCAUGAUCAAAUUCUUGGUAUGGAGCGAGCAUCUGCUGCCGGGGACGUUAGUCCCAACGGUGAGCUUUGGUCCCCUACGCAACAGGUGGACUGCCUCAAAACCUUCUUUCAGGAUCUGUAUGCGCCGGAGGACGAACCGGCACUACCACCUCUACCGCACCCACGGCGGCGAUUGUUGCCUGUGCUGAUCUUCUUGCGCCCUGGCUCAGUGACAAGGUCAGUCAUCCAGUACUCCCACGACAACUACGCCCUAUCGGGCUCACAGAAAGCACGACGCAGCACAGGGGAGGCGCUGCAUCGCGUGUUCAGCCACUGUCACGAAGUGUCCGCGGCCAAUCUUAAGCCUGCCUACAAUAUCCACCGUGCCAGAGACAAGCUGGCCCAGGCUGACACACCCUCAUCCCAUUCCUCUGCCUCCAAGCGGAAACGGACCGGAGGGGUCCAGGCAUCACUGGACCUUUCUCAAGCGUUUGACCGGCUCAGCUGGAGUCUUAUACACGAAGCAUUGCUUGAGGCCCAAGUUCCUAUUGAGCUGAGGGUACAAUUACUUGAGUUCUACAGAGGUCUGGGCUAUCACCUGACCUUUGGUUCUGAGCAGGCCACCGUCCAAGCCUUGCGAGGAGUCAAACAGGGCUGUAAAGUGGCUCCACUACUGUGGAGUCUGGCUACAGGUCUGCUCAUGCACCGAUUGGCCCGCGCGACUUCAUCUGAGUGGGUCCGUCGUGCCCUCACGGCCUUUGCCGAUGACUUUCACAUUGGACAGGUUGUCUACUCCACCCGAGAUCUGCUUCUGUCCAUCGACAGGCUCGGCCACGUUUUACAACUGCUCAUUGAUGCACGCAUGAAAGUCAAUAUUGACAAAUCCGUGAUUCUCCUCUCUGUCAAUCACUCCUAUGCCAGCCGCUGGCGACGUAGAGAAAUUCUCUCUGACAAGGAGGGCACGCGCCUGCGAAUCUCGACACCCACGGCAGGCACCUUCAAGAUGCCAAUAGAUCAAUGCGAAUUGGGCCUCUUCCAGAACUUCAUGACACCGCCGGCGGGAAUGGACGCCUCAGCGUCGACCAUGACGUUCGCCAGCACGAGCUCGGAACCCAAGGGCAAAGGUCGUGGAACGAUCACUGGAGCUCGGACCAGUCUUGGUCCAGCGGCCACAAUGGCCCGCCUCCUUCUCCGCCACGAGCAGCAGCUGCAGAGCAUCCAACAGGACUGCAAGCUGCAUCUCUAUCUCCGCAGUGGGAAGGAAUCCUUUCUUCCCAAUCUAUGCGAGAUUGCAAAGGAAUGGAGCCGCCUUCGUCGCGACGAACCGGGGAAGAUCAACAGUCCGCUGCGCACUCUCCUCCUCCGAGCCACCUUGCAGGAGAUGGAGACCCGGAUCAAGCUCACCAUCAGCAAGGAGAAGCAGACGGCCAUCGACAUGAAGUGGUACAAGGAGGAGGAGGGCUGGACUUACAUGCAGUGGAAUGCACAAAAAGGACAGCUCGAACUUCAAGCCACUCCGAGUCCACUUGCCACCGAGACCCUCCUCGAACUCCUCCGAGAGCUUCGCACCCUUGUGAAUCCAGACUCUGUGAAGAAAUUCGCGUCCCUUCGCGGACUUCCACAGGAACCCCAGUCCGAAUGGAUCCACUUUCAGCUGGAGCUCGGGUUUCGACCACAGGGGGACCGCAUGUGGGAAAUCUUCCAGAUGACCGCCCCGGCCUGUCAGGCCUUGCGGCCCAAAUCCAACAGGCAGUCGGAGGCUGGUGACACCAACCACUCCAUUGGCCUCGACCUCAAAGUCCCCUUGCACUUUCAGCCAUUGCUUCAUGCAGUCCUCCACAAUGCAGAUGGCACUGCCUGCUACAUGAACACAGCUUUUAUUGCCCUGCUUUGGGCACUCGGCUGCUAUGAUCCCGCUCGAUCUGGUUCAUUGUGCAGCUUGUAUCAGUGCUUGACUGCGAGGUCGGACCUUCGAUUGAUGCGCAACAUGUGUUGGACCAUGCUGCUGGGGAACUGGGCCAGGCCCAAUCAACAGCAUGACAUGCACGAAUUCCUGCUUCACCUCAUGCCGAGAGUCCGAUUGGAGGCCUUCAGCGGUCUGUGGCAAACUCGCAGAGUGGAGGACACAGGCACUGUGGUCUGUGCAUCUUCCAGUGCAUUGCUCCCGGUCACUGUUGACCUGCCCCUGGAGGCACGGGGGCUUCAGCAUUGCGUACAAGAGUGGUCUGCCCAGCAUUAUCAUACCGCCUUCGAGGGAACCUUGCCUCAUCUCCUUUGCCUCCACCUGUCGCGCUACAGGCGUGAUGAUGAAAGGGGCAUUCUCAGCAAGGAUGAUCAGGCUCUCCCGGACUGGUCUGAAGUGCUACGCAUUCCGCAAUUUGCGACGUCACAUGACCUUCAGAAGCACUGGCAACCCUAUCAGGUGUGUGCCAUGGCUCUCCACUACGGUCCUGCCUUGCACCAGGGGCAUUACCGCUGUCUGACGCGAUGGGGUCAAAAUCCAGUGCGAGUCUGGUUGCAUGACGACAAUCGUGCAGCUGUGCCCCUCUCUCUUCCAGACUCUGUUGAGCUCAGUCGCAAAGCCUAUCUGAUAUGGGCAAUACGAUUGGACUGA